AUGCAAACCGAGAGAAGGGAAGGAAAACUAGCUGGUAGUUGCGAGAUGGAGGAUUUGAUUAGUAACGUUUAGUAUGUUAUUGUUAAAGUAUACCCUUUCGAGGUGGUAAAUCACCAUUUUAAUAAUUUUGUUGAAAACUCAAAGGAGUUUUAAGAGACAAGAGAUUAGCUGGCAAGGAUAGGUUCCAAUCUUCGUUUAAAAGUAGACGAUUGGCCAUCAAUCGAGGAAGCAAAAAUCUUAUUUUAAUUAAAUAUUUAGAAUGCUAGGAGAAGAAGCGUAAAAUGGAAUGAUUAAGAUAAAAGAUUAUUUUAUUGGGUGGUUAUCAGAUAUUGUUUAUUAAAAGAAAUCAAUUAACUUACACCUGUGGAAUGGAGAGACAUAGCAAAAAUGACUAUCGGUCGGAAUGCUCAUUAAUGUAGAUUGAAAUGGGAACAGAAAUAUAAAAUUUCACUUUCGGAGGCUCCAUGGACAGAGGAAGAGGAUUAACUAUUGUAAUAGGUGCAUGAUAGAUUGGGAAAGGAGAACAAAUGGUCUCAAAUUGCCAGAGAAAUAUACAAGAGAUCUCCUAAUAAAAUAUUCAGAUAGCCUAAGCAAUGCAGAGAGAGAUGGAUUAAUAGGUUAGAUCCUAACAUUUGCAAUGAGCCUUGGUCAAAAUAAUAAGAAAUAGAUCUUCUGAAGACCAUUUUAAUAAGAGGAAAGAAAUGGUCUGAAUUGUCUGCCCUUUAUGGGAGAGUGAGAACAGAGAAUUCUCUUAAGAAUAAGUACAAUUCGCUUUUAAAAAAAGAGAAAUUAAAAUAUGAAUUUGAAACGAUUAAUCCAUAAUUAUUUUCAAAGGUGUAGAAAUUAAGAAUGGAUUAUGCAAAUAAGUAUGGUAAAAUAACACCCAUUGAAGAGAUUGACAAUUACGAAUGGUAGUUUAUAGUAUUGGCAAUCUAAAGUUUAUAUAUUGAUUUAUGUGUUUCAGAAGGUAAGUAUUAGGAAGCAUAGAAAAUAAAGAAUGAUGAUUUUUUUGAUUUAUUUCAUAAUGAUUUAACUUCAAGUAAUAAGAACGAUGUCUUAUACAAAAAGUUAUUGAAUAUUAAAAGAGUGGACAAUCAAUUCUCUGUUGAGAAUGAUAGAUCAGGCGUUGUACUUUUUAAUAAGAAAACUAAAAAGCUAUUUAUAUCUCCAUUUAAUACUUUGGAUUUUCAAGGUUUGAUCUUGAAGCAUAUCUACAAACAAAUAAAAACAGAGGAGAAUAACAACAGUAAAUGUUCUACUCUCACUUAAUCUGACCACAAUAUGUUUAUGAUGUAAAAAUCAAUUGAUGAUAUCAAUCGCUAAAGUACAAUGCAACCAUUAUUGUUAUUGGCCAAUUAACCAUCAUUUAUGAUGCCUUUGGGAUAGAGCAUGAUAAAUAGUUAUUGGUUGCCACCUGUAUUGCCAUGUAUGUCCCAAUCUAUUGGGGGUUAUCAACAUUAACAAAAGAACAUUCAAGAAUAAGUGGUUUAGAAAAUUAAAGAAGUUAAUAAGGCAGCAGAUUUUGAUGAUUUGUUUGGUAAUGAUAUCAAAGUUGUAGAUUCUGAUGGAGAAAAAUGA